CCGGCUGUCAUUGCCCAUUGACGUGACGUAUCACUUCGUGCAGUCAGUCAUUAAUCUCGCCGUGUUAUCAGUAAAUUUGUGAAAAUGGAUGAAGAAUAUGACGCGAUUGUUUUGGGCACCGGCCUAAAAGAGUGCAUCCUCAGCGGGAUGCUCUCUGUAUCCGGCAAGAAGGUCCUCCAUGUAGACAGGAACAAGUACUACGGCGGCGAGUCGGCAUCCAUCUGCCCCUUGGAGGAGCUCUUCUCGAAAUUCGGAGCUCCCGCCCCCGAUGACUCGUACGGCCGCGGCAGGGACUGGAACGUCGACCUUAUUCCUAAGUUCCUUAUGGCCAAUGGCCAGCUGGUCAAGCUGCUCAUCCACACGGGCGUUACUCGCUAUUUGGAGUUCAAGUCAGUGGAGGGCAGCUAUGUCUACAAGGGGGGCAAAAUUUCGAAGGUACCAGUUGACCAGAAAGAGGCGUUGGCUUCAGACCUAAUGGGCAUGUUUGAAAAGAGAAGGUUUAGGAACUUCCUCAUUUAUGUGCAAGAUUUUCAACAAGAAGACCCAAAGACAUGGAAGGAUUUUGAUCCCACCACAGCAGAUAUGCAAGCUCUCUAUGAUAAAUUUGGAUUAGAUAAGAAUACUCAGGACUUUACUGGUCAUGCAUUGGCUUUAUAUAGGGACGAUGACUAUUUGAAAAGACCUGCCCUCGAGACAAUUAAGCGAAUUAAGCUCUAUUCAGAUUCUCUUGCCCGAUAUGGAAAGUCACCCUACUUGUAUCCAAUGUACGGUUUAGGAGAACUGCCACAAGGUUUUGCUCGGCUGUCAGCCAUUUACGGAGGCACGUAUAUGCUGGACAAGCCAAUUGAUGAGAUCGUUAUUGGCGAGGGUGGCAAGGUAGUAGGAGUGCGUUCUGGCAACGAAAUAGCAAAAUGUAAGCAAGUUUACUGCGAUCCAACCUACGUUCCUGAUAGAGUACGCAAGAAGGGUCGCGUGGUGCGUUGCAUCUGCUUGAUGGAUCACCCAAUCGCUAACACCAAGGAUGCUCUCUCUACUCAAAUCAUCAUUCCCCAGAAACAAGUCGGGAGAAACUCCGAUAUCUACGUUUCUGUCGUUAGCUAUACCCACCAAGUAGCAGCCAAGGGCUGGUUCAUAGCUAUGGUAUCUACAACAGUUGAAACAGAGAAUCCCGAAAACGAGAUUAAGCCCGGUCUAGAGUUGCUGGGACCGGUUCGCCAGAAGUUUACAUCGGUUUCUGAUUACUACGAGCCGACGGAUGAAGGUUUACAGUCGCAAAUCUUUAUCUCGCAAUCGUACGAUGCUACGACUCACUUCGAAACCACUUGCUUGGAUGUGCUGGAUAUCUUCAAGCGCGGGACGGGAGAAGAGUUCGACUUCUCUAAGAUCAAGCACGAAUUGGGGGAUGAAGAACAAUAAUGAAUUCGGUUAUAUUUGGUAAAGCAGAGUUAUGUAGGUAUUCUAUGUGCAAGGUUCUUUUUAUAAUGAUUGUUUCAUUUUACACCGCUGCAUUGAUACUCUACUUCUAUACAAAAUAAUUCUGUAGCUUGGUCCAAGCACAAUUAAUUUGUAUAUACAGUAACAUUUAUACCUUAGUGAAUAAAAAAUAUCGCUUAAUUUUAAGGAUCCUGAUGUGCAAAAGCAUUAGCUUGAAGAAAAAAUGAGAAUUGUUAGUAAUAUUAAAGAAUUUUUUAUUUGCAAUGGGAAUUAUUGUAUCUUACGAAUAAAUCAUUAUGUGAAAAUGUAUUUAUAGCUUUAUGUUCUAUUAGAUAUGCAUGUCUGACAUAAAAUAUCUUUGGUGAUAUGGCACACUGAUGUAUUAUGUGAUGGAUCAAAUAUACCAAAAAUACGAGAAUUUUGUGUAUUAACUCACUGAGCUUUCGCAUUCCAUAUUAUCAUAGGUUUAAUGUUCACAAAAUGUUAAUAGAUCGUGUUUUGUGAAAACAUCACAGUAUUCUUAUUAUUAUUCCUCAUCACAUUCAGCAUUAUCCAAUCCCAGUGUGAUAUUAGGAAUACUGUGGACAACUCUUGUUGUAAAAUAUUAACAAAAACAAAUAAAAAUCUUCAAAAGGGACAAAGAAUUUUUCCUACCUUCCAAGCAAAGCUCUGUUGUGUUUUUAACAAGGUAUCAAGUAUCGUACUAAUGCAUUUUUACGUCUAUUAAAGAUAAAUGAGUCAACAAGUCUUCUCUAUAGUCAACAGACUAAAACUAAAAAUAUUUGCUCAUAAUUACAUACUAGUGGGUUGCAGUACACAUUUGGAAGUCAACUAAAUGUUGCAGGGUAUCAAUGCUUAUUUUUUCACAAAACGGCAUUUCUUUUGGGGGGAGUUGUUCGAAAUGAAAUAAGCGUCUGACGUAACUUUAAAGCCGAUCAUCUUCAUGUUUUUUAUAACAAAUUAUAACUAAAUAAAUAACAAUUUCUAGUAAUAUUUAGAUUCAGUCAAGUAUAGAGUAUAAUAUGUAACAACUGAUAACAUUGAAAACAUAUACUUUCUGGCAGACAUGAUUAUCUAACGAGAAAAAUAGUUCACAUUUCCAAAACGUUUAACUAUAUGUUUAAUAAAUCCUAAAUAAAAGUCACCGUAUAUUUGUUUA